AUGUAUCCGGCGGGUCGAUCAGCUGUCGCUUCCCUGCGCACCUUUCCCACGGCCGCUGGCCACAUCAUCUCACGCGGUCACUCCUCGUUAGCGCAGAUCGCCCAUUCGCAGCCUAAUAAUCCCGUCCAUCGGUGCCGGAUUCCGUUAUCUGCCCACUCCACGCGGCCAUUUCUUGUCGCGCGGCCGUUUCGUGCCACGUGGCCGACUCUCGCGUCGAUCGGCAGCAGCGCACCGCGUAGCGUAGCCUUUUCCAGCACCCGCGGCUUUUCAGAGCAUCCCACUUCAAGCAGUAGGAACAUACCCCGCGCGCACCGCGCUCCGCGCCUCCCCUCCCCUCCCGUCUCCCCGCGUCCGUAUCCCCUCUCGCGCCCCCUCUCCGCGCAUCGCAUGGACGCGCCACGGCCCACCGCGGCAGCAGCGGAGGGCACCGCGGGGGAGAAAAUAAGGGAUGGCUCAGUGUCAGAUGGUGCCAUUGCGAUGACUUCAGACGGUCGCAUUCGCCUGGCGUCCUUCCAGCCGCGCAGUGGCGAGACCACAGUGGGAGUGGUGCGAGAUGCUCGCAUUUGGCCACUGCGUGAGUGCGUGCAGGAGCCCUCCUCCCUGCCUUCCUCUAUCAACCUGCACUGCAUGGCGUCGGUUAUUGCCAGCUGGCAGGACAUUCGUGCCAGGCUAAACUUUGAGAAGCUGCCCGAGGGGCAGGGGCAGCUGCUGUCGGAGAGCCAUCUGCUGGCUCCGCUGCCCCGGCCUGCAGGGGCCAUCAUGUGCAUUGGGAAGAACUACGAGGAGCAUGUGAAGGAGGUGGACACGUGGAAGACUGCCCCUCAUAUCACCCACCCCAGCAUCCCCACUGUGAGUCCAACCGCUGUACUAGCAGCAGCAGCAGCAGCAGCAGCAGCAGCAGCAGCAGCAGCAGCAGCAGCAGCAGCAGCAGCAGCAGCAGCAGCAGCAGCAGCAGCAGCAGCAGCAGCAGCAGCAGCAGCAGCAGUAGGAGCAGCAGCAGCAGUAGGAGCAGCAGCAGCAGUAGGAGCAGCAGCAGCAGUAGGAGCAGCAUCAGCAGCAACAGCAGGAGCACUAGCAGCAGCAGCAUUACUAGGAGCAGGAGCAACAUUAUUGCCAUCAUGUGCAUUGGGAAGAACUAUGAGGAGCAUCACCCAAUUGUGUUCACCAAGGCCGCAGUCAGUGACAGGACCCGGAACGGCCAUCCGCAUCCCACACGGCCACUCCGAGUCUGUCGACUAUGAGGCAGAGCUGGCAGUGAUCAUUGGGAAACCCGGUCGAGGCAUCAAGGCAGAAAAUGCGAUGGACCAUGUCUUUGGCUACACCAUUCUGAAUGAUGUAACGGCAAGAGAUGUGCAGAAGCGCCACCAGCAGUGGUUCCUCGGCAAGAGCUGCGACACCUUCUGCCCCAUGGGCCCUUGGAUCAUGCCAGCAUCGGAGAUCAACGGCCAGGAUCUCCACAUUCGCUGCUGGAUCAACGAUGAGCUCCGGCAGAACGCACGCACCUCGCAGCUCAUCUUCCCCAUCCCUGCGCUCAUAACCACCAUAUCUGCGGGCAUCACUCUGCAACCCGGAGACAUCAUUGCCACUGGCACCCCUGCAGGUGUGGGUUCUGGCUUUGACCCGCCAAGGCAUCUCAAGCCAGGGGAUUCAGUGCGCAUUCAGAUCGAGAAUGUCGGGGAACUGACCAACCGUGUGGAGUGA